GUGUUAGACAUAAAGAGGUGGUAGCUAUUAAAUUUUUUUUCAGUAACGAAUAUAUCCUUAUUGGCAUUUGUUUCUAUGAGUUAUUCAAUGCAUAGAGUUGCUGGACGUUAAACAAUAUUCAACCAAUCAAUCAAUACACGAUUUAUUUGUACUAUAAGAAUGUUCUGACGCAAAGUGGGUAGAGCCUCUUGUGGAUUUAGGCGCAUUCGUUUGUCCCAUAUAUGCUUCAAUUGUGAGAUAUCGAGACUUUAUGGGGACUAAAGUAAUGUGUGGACAUUCAUUUGGUAAAGACAGACCAUGGCAAGUCGCGCCACAUGCCAACAGGCAUUUUCUUGUUGAGAGUUAAGUUUAUACGCUGGUGGACAAAUGGCACGACGGUGCCUAAGUUGCAAAUCAGUGUCAAUGUAAAAUUGAGCUGUCAAACAAUGAUGAACAAGCGGAUUUUACGGCUAUUGCAUAUCCCUCUCCACACCAUCAUACAACCCCCACCACAUUUUUCACAUCCCAUCAUGCAUUUACUAGUAUAACGUUCACCGCAACGUUAGUAAAACACGCCGACGCCCAUCAGGAAAGAGUACAUUGUGUCCUAUUUGGAUAGGAAACACAUUUGGGUAGUGUCGUCACAUCCAUGAAGUCUGACGUCACGCCCAUGAUGAAUAAGGGACACUUCUUCUGCAAAGCGGCGCGGUGUGAUGCCAUAGGAGCCGGUUCGCCUCAGUAGAGCACCUCGGCGUAUGUGUCCCUGGCGUCUUGUUUAUAGUUUUUGUGCAUUUCUAAACCGGUCGCGCAUGUGUUGCAAUCUCAUUAAAGAUCCUGACGAGGCUUCGGCCAGUUUGAGGGCGGUCAGCAAUUGUAUCAGUCAGUCUAUGGCGAUUGUAGAGACGACAUAUCGUGCUUUUGUAGACAUUUAGAGCUCUUGCCACAGCGUUUCGAGUGUUUUCAGCCAACUGUAACUACACUGCCAUGUUGCGUGCAUCGUUACCUUUAUGGGAUAUGAGAAACGAAAUUCAAUAUUGGGCUACUCUUUUAGAAAAAGGGGUUUGAGAUACAUGAAAUGCUGUGUGUAUCUGUGCACGUGCUAAUCGGGGUACUAGGAGGUUUAUAAUUCCUGAAAACGGGUUGUUGAUUCUACCUUAUCGCUGGGCUAAUCCAAGGAGUCGCUCUAUUUCUACACUCUUUUCUGACAUUGAUAUCAGUUUCACUUCCUGGUUGUCGGUGAUUGGAACACAUUCUGGACAACAGAGAUAUGUUAAGAUGAAGUCCUGCUAUGACAGAGAUAAGAUACAUAUUUUUCUCCAGACUCUGGACUUUUAGAAGUAGAAAAUUAUUACGUUGUCUUGAUUUUAACAAUUUUUUUUUGUUUAAAGAUAACAAUUUUAGACGUACCGGUAAAAGAUAAAUUACAACUUUGGGCAUAAAUCCGGAGAGGUCCGACUGAUAAACCACAUUUAAAUAGAUAGGAAUAGAGAGAUCACCCAGGCUUUGAUAUUCCUACUACCAAAACAUAGUGCAGAAGGGAUCCUCAACAGUAACGGCAAAGGAAUAUAAAAAUCAAAAUGUUACUGUGGCUGACGUUAGCUGCGGUACUACUCUCACAAGUUGAGUCUGCGGCUGUCACGUUGAGUUGCACUAAAUGCGUGUGCUCAGGACAAACAAUCAACUGCCGUGGUAUUGGUCUUACAACUAUGCCUCAUAUUCCACAUAAUACGUUCUCCACUUAUCAGCGGCUGGAUCUGAGCAACAAUACCAUUGGAACCAUUAGAAGUCAUGCAUUCCCAGGCUUACCUCAACUUCGCGACCUUGACCUCAGUGACAACCAUUUAACCAGCAUUGAUCGUCAUGCAUUUUCUACCAUUGCAAACAUCACCAGCCUCAAUCUGGCAAGUAACCAACUGACCGAAGUGCCAGCCGCAUUACAUGAUCUCAAUGCUUUAGAGAACUUAGACGUCACUGAUAACCCCAUCCCUCCCAAUGCAUAUACUGGGUUCAAAAACGAUAUCAUGCGGCAUCUUGGCAGCAAGCUCAAAGAAUUCCAUUUCGGACACGACAUGAUCGUUACUUGGCCAACAUCCACAAACCAUUUCCAGGCACUUGAAACCCUCGACUUGAAUGGAGGAAACAUACAAUACAUCCCUCCAUAUUUCAUGGAUGGUUUCAGGAAUCGCCUUCAAAGUCUUACCAUUCGGAACACAAAGUUGCCUACGACACCAAUUCUCACAGGAUUACGAAGUCUUAGAGAGCUCCAUCUUGACAACAAUCUGUUCCAUGACUAUGGUAUUCUGACAAACUCAUUCACUGGUUUGGACGCCCUAGAAAAACUUAGUUUAAAUAGCGAUCUUCUCACAAAGUUUCCUCCCAUUUUACACCUCCUUCCAAAUCUUAGAAGCGUUUCCUUGGACGGGAACAGUUUCUACUACAUCAGUGACGACGCUGUUACUCUUCUCCAUGGGACAAAAAUAACAGAACUUAGUCUUCGGGAUUGUAACUUGGACCGAGUUCCAGGUGCAUUAACAGGAAAUACCCUCAACCAAUUAACCAGGAUAGAUUUAUCUAAUAACAACAUAAACAGCAUCGAACGAUACGACUUGGAUGGCCUGUAUAACCUUCGGAACUUAUCCUUCUCCGACAAUCCUCUGCAAUACAUAUCUGAAUACGCGCUGAAUUUGACGUCUCUCGAAAUAAUAGACUUCAGCAACACCGAAUUACCUACUAUUCCACUUGCUAUCAAGAACGUUCCAAACUUGCGAAAUCUUGAUUUAACAAAUAAUAAAAUCGAUUGCACAUGCGACCUCAUCUGGUUCCAAAAGUUUGUCAGUAAUUCCAAGACACUGUUGCAUACGAAGGGAAGUUGUGAAACAAUAGAUCGGGAAGUUGUGCAGUAUCUUGAUCAAUUUAUUCCCAAAUGUCCAGAUUAUUAACAUUCUGUUUGUAAAUGGUGAACAAAUUCACGAAUGUUUUAAUUCCCCCAAUGUUAUUGAACAAACAAGUGUGAAUGUGCUUUUUAGCUUUCUAGAGAAAUAAAAUUUUACAUACAUGUA